CAUGCCCUCGUCACGCGCCAGCCAUGUCGCACUCUGCGGGUGGUCACAUGGUGUGUAGUUACCUGCAGCUCAGCGGCUGCGAGAACUUCAAGGGCAUGGCGUUGACAAGCCCCGUGGAUGGGGUUGACCCUUUUGGUGUAGUCGACGAUUACUGCACCUCGCUGGACUCUACCCUUAAUUUCUCCAUACCCACCAUCGUCAUGGCUGCGGGGCUCGAUGAUGUGCCGGGGAGCAACUUGACAAGCACAACAUGCGCGCCGGCAGACAUGAGCAACAUGCGCUUCUACAGAGCACUCGAUCCCGACAGCCCCCGCUGGUUCCUCAAUGCCACCGAGUUUGGCCACUUCGACUACUGCAACCUUCUCUUCCAGGAAGCGGCUGCGGUAUCGCACUUCUGCGCCACCAACCGGGAGGCUGGCCUCCUUGAGUUCAGCAAGUACCGCAGCUUCGUGCCCGGCACCGCCGUCGCUUUCUUCUUCAGUCUCCUGGAGGAUGACUGCCAGACGUAUCUGCCGUACCUGCAAGACACGUCCGCAAUGCCUGUCGCGGUCGUGGGAGAAUACGUCAACCAGGAGGAGGCCACGGGCCGGUGUCCAAGGGGUUACUGCUCCAGAGUCCCAUCUGUGGAUCAGAACUAAGGACAUCAUCAUGCAAAUAAAGCAAUGAUUCUGAGGAAAAUGAGACAUCAGUCAUAAAUACGCAGCAAAGCAAGACAACAUCACGAAAGCAAUGAAUAAAAUUGAACAAUAUGAGGCACCAAUUAUACUUGAAAAUCCAAAAUAGAAGAGCAGAGUUUUCUAUAAUGCAUUCCUUCGCCUAUCUUUACUAUAUUUUCGUUAAAAUUAAAUCCACGCGUAAAGGAGUAACAGUCUGAAAUUCUGAAUAAUAAUAACAAUUAUGGAUUCAUGAACUGUGGCCAUUAAGAUAAAAAUAUGUAAUCCUUGUACUAAAACUUAACAUGAAGGGAAAUUUUGCAUGCCAAUGUUCCUGAAGCAUGCGACUUUAUUUUUGAGAUUUGCACGGCUUUUGUUUUAUCUCUACUGAUCAGUUUCCAAUGCACACCUCAAUCAGACUUGCUGUGGUGGAAAAAAAACGAAAAACCCCACACGUGCAGUGCAAUUUUCUUGAAUUAAAGCAAUAUAUGUCAGAUUUCAUUUUUAAUUACAUCGUUUCAUUUACAAUCUUCCGUUGUUAUUUUGUGACUGGAGGGCCUUGGAGCCACCCCACAAGCCACUCUGGUAAGUCUAGUUCGCGGACUAUAAAAACCUCGGUCCGAGCGGAUGAGCGCGCCACUAGCUUCGGAGGUGUCUCGUAGGUAAGACGUAAGAUUAACUGCUGUGUGCGAGGAUAUCGUUUGUAGUGCUAAGGCAUCUCGGUGCAGCAAUACAAUUGUGCUGUGAUCACUGGCUCACAGGUCAUGGGCUUAAACUCUAGACAAGUUAAAAGCGAAAAAAAAUUUUACACGUUGACUUUGAAGUGGUACAUAUGCGUACCACAGGUGUAUUUCUGCGAACGUAUAUAUAGAGGUCCAUAUAUGGCAAAUUUAAAUUAUUUCGACAGUUUUUUCUGAAUAAUUUUUUCCGCAAUAUUUUCGAUUUAUUAACAAAUGUUACACAUUAUUACCGUAAUAAUAAUAAUUAUUAU